ACGCAGUCAAAAAAAUUACUCGGCCUCGUUGUUCGUGCGGCAUGCUUUUCGACGUGUUUGUUUGUGUUUUUUAAUUUCAAAUUAGAAUAUCAGAAUAUCGUUUUUUUUCAAUUAAAGACAAUGGAUGAACGUAAACUCGAAUAUGAUUCCACAUUGGGAGGCCCAGUGGUACUGGGCACUCAUAUGCCCACAUACAAAUAUGCUGCCUCCGCACUGCAGGAACUCAAGGAAUUGAUCAGCGCCACAAAACAAACAACAUCAACGAAGCUUAUAUUCCAAUCAUUGCCCAAACACAUGCGUCGGAGGGCAAUGUCCCAUCAUCCCAAAAGACUGCCACGGAAAUAUAGAGCCGGUCAUAUUCAUCAGAUGUCGAAAUCGGGAAAGCCACAACAGACAAAAAGACCCUCUAGGAAACAUCGUCGACGCCCUCAGAAUCUUUUAAAGGAAUACUUGAGACGCCAAAGGAAACAUCAAUGGCUGGAGACCCACAUAUGGCAUGCCAAACGUUUUCAUAUGAUCGAGAAGUGGGGCUAUAAACUUCCAUAUGCUAGCUGUGAUAAAACUUAUCGGGCAUGUUACCGGGCCACCGCUGAACAUUGCCUUUUGCAGGAUAUUUCAUUUCAUGCUUGUAUCGAAAUGAGGGGAACAAUAAGUAGACUAAAGGAAGGUUUCGAUAGGUUAACUAGCAGGGAAUGUGGUCUGUCAAUAACUGCAAAAACAUUUGUGACUGGUCGCCGAGAAGGAUGUAUUGAUGUAUUUAAAGAUCGGCAAUAUCCUCUCAACGCAUUGGGUAAAGUAAGCUUUUUAUGGCGCUGUCAGGAAGAUGGCGAUAGUAACGAUAAUAUUCCUAGAAUAGUUUGGCUUUGGUUACAUCCAUCGAGCUACAAUCAGAUUUUAGAAGAACUAAUUAAAGUAUUUGAGCUGAAAAGUCAAAAAACCAUUAAAGUGCCUUUAAAAGAAAAAAAAUCCCUAGAAGAUCCCGUGGAAAAGCAGGUGGAUGCACAAAAGCAAACGCUACAAUCUGCCAAAGUCCAAAGACGUUUGCAAUUUUUGACAAAAACCCAAACACGGCGCAAAGUUCCUAUUUAUCAAAGCGAUGACUCAGCUGUUCAGCUCAAAGAGCUAAAGGACACGUUGAACAGGUUCCGUCUAACGGGACCCCUGAGCCAAAGUGUUCUGCAAAGAGCUUUUAAAGUUAUUGAUAUUGAUGAUGUUGACUGUAAGCAAAACACUUGGAUAUGUAGGAAAAUAGAGGAAGGCAAUUUUUCAAAAUUGCAUCAAAGACAAAAAGAUUUUUGGAAUAUGUGUCAUAAACGUAUUACCUCACCGGCCGAGCUACUAUCCAAUAUGAUACUGGGCCUGAAUGUAGAAGAUCCUCGUUUAAAUCGCCCGCAAAAACGUACAAAAGCUUUAAUAACUUAUGAUGUCCAAGCAUUUCAUGAGUCAAGUCAACAGCUACUAUGCGAUAUAAUACCAGAACUGAGUUCAUCACCACUGUGGUCUGAAGAGACGAGGAAUCGUAUUUCUGAUGAAAUGUUAAGUACACAUGAUUAUUGUUCUCUAAGAGCAAAACAUGCUAUAGUACCUGGCAAAGCUUGUCAAUUUGAAGAUUCAAUGCAACCCAUACCCGUGUUGUUGGUACAGAGACCAGGCUCCCAGGAGGGCGAUUAUAAACGUCUUUCGUAUGCAUGUGGUUGGGAUAUUAUAGCACCAGCUGGCUAUGGUAUGCCCAUAUGGUUGUCAUUAAUUAUGUGGGGUGCUCGUCCGGGUGGUUUAAGAGAAUUCGAAUCAAUUGCCCGCGAACUAGGAACGGAAGAACAUUUACCUGAUACCGUUGGUGGCCUGCAAACAUCAGGACAUCGUUACAAUGAAAUGUACAACAAAUAUUUUCGUCUACCUCCGGCUAAACGUUGUAAUUAUCGUAAAUUUGCCAUUGUAUCACCAUUUCGAGUACCAUUUCCCCAACUAUUAAGAGACUGGGAUACCAAUGGCUCAAAAUGUGGAACACCUACAACCGAUUUCUUUGUACUCAGGGAUCGCUCUAAACUUCAAGAACUUUCAGAGUGUCUGCGGAAAUGUAAUCUAUACAAGUUUCCCAAAGACUUACCCACCGGCCAGUGUUUAAUACAAGUAAAAAUCAGCAUGACUUCAAGGGGAAAUCCUGGGGAUUUCUCCCUUAUAUGUUUGCCAAAUCGUAAAGAUUUCAAGAAGAAACUUAAACAAAUAAAAAAUCACAAUCAUGAACCAGUUUAUGUUGAACCAUUGCUACCUGACAUCGAUGAAAAGGAAAGGAAACGACUUCGCUUGCAGCACAAGAAACAAUUGAAACGUUUGAGGGGACAACGUGUACGAGAGAAACGCAAGAAACAGGAAACUAGCACAACAAAAGUUGUCAUACGGCCAGCCAACACCACUGCCAUGUGUUUGCAACACAUGAGGACAAUGUGUAAAUUAUGGCUACCCGAAAACACCGACACACUAUAUAGUGUUCGGAAACAGGGAACUCGUGAUUGUUUUGGUUAUAUGACAACAGCACAUUUCUGCCUAACCGAGGGCAAUGUUGGUGGUGUAGGCUAUGUCACAGUCGAGGGGUUACGCGAACUUUUGAAAUUAUGUCAACAGUGUCGCCUCAAGCAGCCACAAUGUUUGAUUCGCUCAACGAAUAGCCGUAAUUACCGUUUUGCUGUAUUAAAAAUUAAUAUGAAUGUAUAGUUGUUGAAUAAAUUAUAAGAACAAAUACAAACAA